GGCACUUUACUUACAUAAUUCAUUUCUAUCAAAAGCGCCGUCUCCUAUAAAAAUAAAUCUCUCCCAACAUUCUCUCCUUGAAUCUCGUUCUGUGCGUAUCCAACAACUCAACCAACCAACCAGCAACCUUUGACAUUAUGGCGAGCAUCAGCAACGAGCCAGAGCAUGAGCACAGAGACGAAGAAGAGUCCGGAGCCAACGAGGACGAAGACACCGGUGCUCAGGUCGCUCCCAUCAUCAAACUCGAAGAGGUCCCCGUCACUACCGGUGAAGAAAACGAAGAUACAAUCCUCGAUCUGAAAUCGAAGUUGUAUAGGUUCGAUAAAGAUGGGAGUCAGUGGAAGGAGAGAGGCGCUGGCACUGUCAAGUUCUUGAAGCAUAAGGAGUCUGGGAAGAGUCGUCUUGUUAUGAGGCAAUCCAAAACUCUCAAGAUCUGUGCUAAUCAUCUCGUUACAUCGGGGAUGAGUGUUCAGGAACACGCGGGGAAUGAAAAGUCUUGUGUAUGGCACGCUCGUGAUUUCUCCGAUGGGGAACUCAAGGAUGAGCUUUUCUGUAUCCGCUUUGCCUCUGUCGAGAAUUGCAAAGCAUUUAUGCAAAAGUUCAAGGAAGUUGCUGAAUCUGAAGAAGAGAAAGAAGAGAGUAAAGAAGCUUCUGAUGCUGCUGGUCUGCUUGAGAAGUUAACAGUGGAAGAGAAGAACACCGAGGAGAAAAAGGAAGAGAAACCAGUGGAGAAGGAAGCAUCAGAUAAAGCUGUUGAAGAAAACAAAACUAAGGAGUCUGUGCCCUCAGCUUAAGAUUCAUGCACAGAUAAAACAAACACAAAAGGCUUUCUUUUCUUUCUCUUUAAAUUGAUACAUGUUUUGUCAGUGUCGUCAUGUUCGCUUGCUGAGUCUGCAUGUUAGUGUCACAAGGAUACCAUCGGGGACAUUUACAUCAGAGAUUUUCAGGGUUGUUUUGGGAUUCAUCGUCUGGAAAGAAUAUCCUUUUGUUUUGAUUUUACAAAAUGUAUGCAUUUGAUUGUGGUUUAUUAUUAAACAAGCCGUGUUACAUCAAAUUUGCAUCUUGCAAUUCCAGAUAGGGGCAAAUCUCCUAUUUUUUUCUUUUUUUUUUUU